AUGGAAGUGACUUUUACAUUGUUACUGACUGUAGCGCUAAUGCUCAAGAGUGUAGAGGCAAUGGAAUGCAUAAGCAUUCAAGAUCAAGAUGUGCAGCAUGCAGUUGCAUUUGUUCGAGGAAAAUUCAGAGGAUUCAAAACAACCAUCAACAUAUGGAAGCCUCGCGUAGAGCAGCCACGCGAGUUUAGCCUCUCUCAGUUCUGGCUUAUCUCCUCUUACGAUCGCCAUGGAGUUCCUCGCAGCACAAUGGAGGCUGGAUGGCAGGCCGAUGGAUACAACUCGACCGGCUGCUAUAACUUGGGUUGUGACGGAUUCGUCCAAGUUAGUAGCAGCAUCGUGCUAGGCGGAGCAAUCUCCUCGAGAACUUCCACAGCAGGCUCGACUCAAGUAGAGGCAGAGUUCCUCGUUUUCCAGACUUUGCAAACGGGGCUUCUGCGGUUUCUUGCGGAGGAGAGGUGCUCGAAGUCAAGGUACUCAUUUUCUCCGUGGGAAAAGUUUGAGCUCCUCUGGCUUGUACUCCAGGCCAACAGGCACACACGGACCCAAAUGGGAAGCGGGGCAUUUCCAAACGCUCACUACAAAUACGCCGCGUAUCACCGGGACAUCCAGAUCGUCAAUGCAAACUUCCGCUUGCAGCAGGCCCAAAACAUGGCGAGGGUGGCGGUGAAAAAGCCCGGUUGCUACGAUAUUGGGACGAUCCAGGAUGCCGGGAGGAACACCAGCUGGGGAACAUACUUCUUCUACGGAGGACCCGGCUACAGCUCCAAAUGCGUCUAG